AUGACAAGAUGGAGAGUCUCCCGCAACGAAGCAACAGACGCAAAUUUCUCUAAAGAUGACCCUGAUCCCACGCCCCAGCAACUCAAACUCAUCGCGGAAUUCGUCAUUACGUCGUACAAAACAUUUCCAUCCCAACAGACUGCGUUUCACAAGUUUACCAGUUUCAUAUCGAAAUGGGAGCGCAAAACUUCUAGGUCUCUCCCGGAGGAAAUCAAACACCAUGUCCUUAAUGUAAAACCAGGCGGCUUUUUCUGGUGGAUGGAUGCUGACGUAUCUAUAGUUGUGUUCAGCCAUGCGGACCUGCACCCUAGCAAUAUUCUUAUUGAUCGCGGGCGCCGGUCUGGAAUUGUGGACUGA